UGUGGACUUGUCUAAGGAGCCCAAAGUUUCCAGUAGCACCACAGACGACUGCGGCACAGGCACCAACAAAGAAGGGCUUCUAGAUUCACAAUUGCAUAGUUACAGUUAUUAAUUUUUUUCAGUUAGAUUGCAGUAUUUUCCAUCUAAGAAGCCCCUUUUUGCAAAAAUGAUGAGUCUGCUAUUUUUCACAAUCAUCAUGGUGACGUUGGCUGGGAGUCAGGCAGAGUUUAAUGGCACUUUAUCAGUUACAAUCUACGCCAGCCUGGGAGCCAACGUCUCCAUCCCCUGCCAUAUGUUGCAUGACGACAGCGUCGGAGGCAUGCUGAAUGGGAUGCGUGUGAAAUGGACCAAGGUGGCACAAGAUGAGAGUUUCAAUGAAGAUGUUUUGGUUGGAAUGGGCUUCCACAUUAAGACAUAUGGCAACUUUGAUGGGCGCGCCUUUCUAGAGAGGGCAAAUGAUGAAGACGCAUCACUUGUUUUGACUGACAUCUCCAAAGACGACGCAGGGACAUACCGCUGUGAGAUCUUCAGUGGGAUGGAGGAGCAGGUGUAUGAGGUGGCCCUGGAAGUGGAAGGAAGCGAGAUCAAUGGGGUCGUGUUUCCCUACUCCCCACCUGGAGGACGCUACAAUCUGAACUUCCACAGUGCAGAGCAGGCCUGUGUGGAGCAGGGGGCAGUGGUGGCUUCCUUUGAUCAGCUGCUGGAGGCCUGGAAGGGGGGUCUGGACUGGUGCAACGCCGGCUGGCUCAGUGACGGUACAGUGCAGUAUCCCAUCACCAGGCCCAGACAGCCCUGUGGAGGAAACAACGGGCCAGGCCUCAGGAGCUAUGGCCGCAGGGACAAGAAACUCAGCCGUUAUGAUGUCUUCUGCUAUGCUUCUCCACUGACUGGCCGUUUCUAUUGGUUGGUCCAGCCAGAGAGACUCAGCUAUGAUGAGGCAGUACAAGCUUGCAUAGAUGACGGUGCAGAAAUUGCCAAAGUUGGUCAAAUGUAUGCUGCCUGGAAGGUGGAGAGCUUCGACCGCUGUGAUGCAGGCUGGUUGGCUGAUGGCAGUGUCCGUUACCCCAUCUCCAGGCCCCGCAAGAACUGCAGUCCUACUGAGGCUGCAGUGCGUAUAGUGGGCUUCCCAGACAAGGCAGAGAAGCUUUAUGGUGUUUACUGCUACAAGGAGGAGCAGUGAAAAAAUCUUUGAGUAUUUGCUAAAGAUGGGUAAAUGUGAAGACAUAACCACCAAAGAGCAGCAAAAACCACAUCUCAUAAGUCAACAAUAGAGGAAAUGUGCUUUGGAUGCUAACUCGCAUGAACUUUCCCAUAGUCUCCCUGUGAUAUAUUUUGUACUCUCAGCAGUAUCUGCCAUACUGCCUUAGUGUUGACAGCUUUUUAUAACCACUUCACCACUAGUUUUCAUUGAGUCGUUGGUCUUGAUUGUUUGAGGUCCAUAGGGUUGUGUGCAGAUUACAGUGAAUAAAAAGACAAAAACUUAAUGAUGAUGGAACAUCAUAUGAGUUUGAUUUUUCCACAAUAAAAUGACAAAGAAAAAGGGAAAGAACUUGUUAUGUUAUGCAGAUGAGGGUGCAUGUUACAGUACCGACGUUGCAAUAGGUCCCUAUUCCCUAUUAAAAAUGACUAGGCCUUCUUUAUAUUUUAGACAGUGGGGGAUUUUUAUUUCAAAUUAUAUUUCUGUUCUUAAAAUGAAUGUAAAUGUUUGUACUGUGACUAUUUUCCCAAUCACACAGCCAACUUAUUUUUGUUUUUUUUUUGUUUCUUUUUUGUUUUUUGUUUUUAUACAAUGUGUAAGUUUAACAAUACAUUUGUCAUUAUCUAUAUGUAUUUGACACUAAUUGUUUUUAUGUUUAGUUAAUAAAUAGAAUUUAAAUUUACAUCUUUUUCAUGAUCAUGUUGAUCAAUGAUUUAUACUUUGCCUUUUCUAAUAAGUCAUAGAACCAAUCUGACUACGUUUUAAAAUAUUCAGUCAUCCACAAGGUGCUUCACAUACUUGCAGACACACAAUAGUGACACUAUUUUUGUGUUGUAUAACCACAUACCAUGAGCGAGCCCACUUGAAAUA